AUGCUGGACUUGGGUGUCUGCCUGUGUUAUUUUGGUGGUAUCAAAAACCUUGUAAUGCCGAUUCAGAAUGUCCAGGUUUCCGAAUUGUGUUGCGGUGGAGAAUCAGAAGUUGUCGUGGUUAAAUUCAGUUGUUCAAAGUGGGAUGAAUCAAUUUUGAGAACUUCAAAAUCUGCUGGAAUGACAAUUGAGCCUAGUUUGCCUGUUCUGUCCUUAGACGAUUAUCUGACAAAAAUGUUACCAGUGUGGCUAUUAAUAGUUGUAUUUGUUUCUAUUCAUGGUCAACAGUCUUCACCAUGGAUUGGCACAUUUAAAACAGAUAACAGAUGCAAUCAACAGCAAUGUUGUUGUCUAAAUGGAAAUGUGAAAAUUAGUGAACAGGAUGCAAAUCAUCUUAAACUAUCCGCUCCAUUAGCUGGUCAAUGUGGUUCAGAAAAGGAGAUUGAAAUGCAGGUAGUUAAACCAACUGGAUAUACAACAAUAAUAUAUUUAGGAGGUCAACCUUUUGCCAUAAAAUUAACUGCAGAUAGCAAGAUGAUUAUUCUGGAUAAUGGGGUGCAUCCAGAAUGUAGUGGUAAAGCCGUUCGCAAUAGUGUUAGUGGAAUGACGACAUCAACUAAUUAUUAUUACUUGUAUUGCAUUAUGAUAACGUCCAUUGCUUUACUAAUUCGUCAAAGUUGA